AAAACGGCGGAUGUCCUCCAAGCCCGUCGCAAUCACGAAGCUAAGCCCCGUCCGACCAUUGAACGGCUGCAAGCGCGCUCGAGGAAGAUGGCAAGGUGGUAUAUCCCAAAGAGCGCAGUCAGUUACCGUAUUCGGAACUUUCUUCUCAAACUGUUGCCUUAUUCCUGGAUUGUGGCCUUCCAUGCCAAUACCCUUAGAUCUGAGAUUGAGCUUAGCUGA